CGUACGUAGAUUUCACGUUCUGUAAUCUACAAUUGCAGACACACACAUAUAUAGCUAGCUAGCAGGUCGACUCACAGAAAACAAAAAUAUCGAUCAAGACCAGUUACCUAGCUAGUACUAUUGUCUCUGUUCUCGUCAUGGAGAUGACCGGAAACAAAAGAUCAUCAUCAGUUGUGAAAGCAGGAAAUGCACAGCCGAAGAAGAACUUGUGGAAGCCAGAGGAGGACUUGAUUCUCAGACAAUAUGUGGAAACUCAUGGUGAAGGCAACUGGGCAAAUGUUUCCAAGCGAUCAGGUCUGAAGAGGGGAGGAAAGAGCUGUAGGCUAAGAUGGAAGAAUUACUUGAGACCUAACAUCAAACGUGGAGACAUGUCCCAAGAAGAGCAAGACCUCAUCAUCCGCAUGCACAAACUUCUUGGCAAUCGAUGGUCACUGAUUGCGGGCCGACUUCCUGGCCGAACGGAUAAUGAAGUGAAGAACUACUGGAAUACCCAUUUGAACAAGAAUAUCAGCUGCUGCCCGGCAGCUGGAAGCAAAAGGAAAAGCACCACCAUCACUGACUACUCAAACGAUGGCAUCAAUAUCACUAAGAAAAAGAACAAAAUCGGCACGGGUAAGACUUCGAGCACUGCCACUACUACUACUGAUGAUCCGAUGAUCACCAGUAGUACUGAUCGAAUUCCAAAAGACACCAGUUCUGAUCAUCAGCAUCAGCAUCACAAGGAGCCGAAUAUUGAAUCAAUGUUUACUUCUACUAGUACAGAAGAGAGCUGGUUUUACGACGACAUGGACUUAGAAUCUCCAAGGGAGCUGCAGUACUACCAGUAUUACCUGCCUAGCUUCAGUUCAAACUUCAACGCAGCGUUUGCGUUUGAUGACGAGCCUUUCAUUGGAUAUAUGGACUCUUUUCUUUUAUUUGAUUAAACAAGCACUUGUAUACAUUAGUGCAGCAGCUGUUAUAUGAGCUAGCUAGCCUCCUCUAGUAGCUAGUGCUUGUUUUUCUCUGCAGUUGAAAAACUGACAAAGGUCAUGCUAUUUUCACAUCAUUUUUUAUCUCUCACGCAUCCUUAUUAAUUUUGUUAUUUUUGCUUAUUAAUCUUUUUUAAUUCCGGAUUAGACGGCAAAAAUUUAAAAGGAUGUGUGAUAGAUAAAAUUGGAUGUGUCAAUAAUACCUACCCAACUAACGGUAGUCACCGAUAUUAGUUAUGCAAAAAAGUGUCACGAAUGUACCUUUUACACACCCUCAUUUUGUACAACUCAUACCAGGGACCAUUAUCAGGUUUUCUUUGGCAGUGAGUCGCCUCGCUUGAUGACACUUCUCUCUCUCUCUCUCUCCUUUUUUGAACAAUAAAGAGCUUUUUUU